UGUCACCGUCCACACAUACGCACCAAUCUAUGGGAACGAUCAUUCGAUAAUGUUUUGUCAGGGAGCUUUUGUGUUGUACCUGCUUCUGACAGAGGUGAAGAUACUUUGGGCUGUGGAGGAUGCCAACGUAGAUGCCUUCACUCCUCAGGACUGUAGCUUGGAGUGUCUCCGUCAGGGAGACCCUGACUGUAAAUAUUGCCGAAUUACCCCAGGUGAUGUGCAAAAGGCUCUUGGCUCCAAAGGACUGAAAACACUUGGAAGUUGUAUUCCGUGGCCAUGUUUUGAGCUGAUGGGCAAUGAGGACCCAGACAUCUGCCAGCACUACGUCCACUCACCCAACAAUGUGACAGUGGAGACCCUGGAGGAUCCAGACCUCAGCUCUGACACUGUGGUUGUCGCCUGGAGGCCCAGUCCCUAUGGCAUCGCCUUCCUGCGAGGCUUUCAGGUGUCCCUGCAGGUUCUGGGAGGCUCCAGUGUCUCCUGUCAGCUCUUUCUCUUCCACCGUAACUUGUCCCUCCCUUCGUCACAUGCUCAAAAGGUGUAUAAGUCAGACCCUUUCCGAGGCCUGCCCCUGGGCUCUCAGUAUGCAGUUACAGUCAUGGCUCUGCCGGUGCCAGAGCAGUGGGACCGGUUCUAUCACAGUACCACCUUCUGUACACGUUCUUGUGCAGAGAAGAAUGGGUUUGAUAAGUGCAAAAGAGAUUGGUAUCCUCAGCAUGUCACCAUUGAACAGAAUGGGACUACUGCUGCAGUUACCUUUAACCUGGCCCCAGAGAACCUACACAUUAGGAGCUACUUCUCAGUUUGUUACAUAAAUAGCAUUAAAAAGCAAACAAACAAAGUGGAUAUCACACCGAAUCUGAGCACCAAUAAAACCCACCACACAUUCAAGCUCCAAGACCUUCAAGAGGGAACCAACUACACUUGUGAGAUCGCAGCAGAUGUAGUUGACGCUGUGAGGAAAACAUUUACUAUCCACAUUAAAGAACCAGACUCUUCACUUUCCACCUCCCCUGUGGUUCUUCUACUCCCAUUGGCUCUAGCUCUUGCUGCAGUAAUCAUAGUCAUAGUGGUGGCUUUUACUUUGACAAAAGCCAAGAUGAAGUUGUUGAAACUGCACAUUGUACCAGAUUCUGACAUCAUAAAUGAGCAUCAGGAGAGUAAGACCCAGGAAGAAGUGAUAUCAUGGCCCAAGACCAGAGCAUCCCCACCCAGGCUACUGAUCUGCUAUAGCAGUUCUGAUGGCCCUGCUCACAUCAAGGCGGUCAUGAAGUUAGGAUCCUUCAUUCAGCAGCACAUGGCCACACAGGUUUGUCUUGACCUGUGGGACUCCCUGAGUGUGGCGCAGGAGGGUAGUUUGGCCUGGCACAGCCGCCAGAUCCGGGACUGUGACUUUGUGUUGGUCAUGUGUUCUCCUGGACUUAGUCACAGACUGGCCACUACAGAGUUCAAAGAAAACUCAGAAGAGGAGGAGUCCAGCUGGGAGACCGAUAACUUCACUGCAGAUGCAGCCAUCAGUCUGAUUGGAGCUGAAGUGGGCCGUGCUAAAGCCAGGGGCCAGGAUCUGUCCAAAUACAUGGCUGCCAUUUUUGAGUACUCAGAAGAGACAGACAUUCCCACAGAGUUGAGCCUUGUAUCUCACUACACUCUGACCAGUGACUUACCUCUGCUCUUCUCCCACCUACACGGAGUGUCUUUGCACAGGCCUGGGGGCUACCUGAAGAUCAGCCACAUUUCAGAGGAAGGCUUCACGAAACUACCAGCUGGGGUAGCUCUGCAGAGCGCCAUCUGUGAGGCUGGAGAGGUAAUGAAGGCAAGAAGAAUAGUACCUGUGCACUAAAUGUUUGAAUCUUUCUAAACAUUUCUCAGUAGUUGUCAGAGCACAGCACUUUUACGGUGUAUGAAUGGAUACCUGCAAUAAUGAAAAACAAUGCUACAGAAGUGUAGCAUUAGAGGUGUAUGAAAGCCUAGCCAGCAUUCAGUUACUCUGACAACUACACUUUUGACCUUUGAGGUAUACGCACUGUGAUUCACAGGAAGGAUUAUAUAUAAAAACACAAUGAAUGUAGUAUUUAUCACUUGCAUGUCAAGUAUGUUUAAUGUUAAUGUUAUGUUAAAGGAUGUAAGUGUUAAUAAAAGUGAGUAAAGUACCCUGAAGUAUUACGUUUAAAGUUUAAGAUUGUAUCUAAAUACUGUGUAUUUAUCUAGCCUAUUACUGCAUGUAUUGGCAUCUUGCAAAUGAGGUUUGGAAGAACAAAUAUCAUUAGUUGCAUUAUUAAACAGAA